UGUGAGAGCAGCAUUGAAGGAAUGUCUGAGGGAAAUGGCUCUUCGGGAACAGACUUCAUCCUUUUAGGAUUUACAGAUCAGCAUGAGCUCCAGGUUUUGUGCUUUGUGCUCUUCUUUGCCAUUUAUAUUUUUACCGUGGCUGGGAAUCUCGGCAUGAUUGUGUUAAUCAGGAUGGACCAUCGGCUCCACACACCCAUGUACUUUUUCCUUAGCCAUCUUUCAUUCCUAGAUGUGUGCUAUUCUACUACAAUUGUCCCCAAGACCUUGAUGAAUUCUUUAGCAAACAGCAAAUCCAUUUCUUUCUCCGGAUGCACCAUUCAGCUCUUCUUCUUUGCAGCUUGUGCUACCACUGAGUGCUAACUGCUGGCUGCCAUGGCCUAUGACCGUUAUGUUGCCGUUUGUAACCCUCUGCUGUAUGCGGUUGUGAUGUCUCAUAAGCUUUGCAUAGGGCUAGUGGCUGGGGCAUACGCUGCUGGCGUGAUUAGCUCAGCCACACACACCAUUUCCAUCUUUCACCUGCCAUUCUGCCGUUCUCGUAGGAUCAACCAUUUUUUCUGUGACGGGCCUCCACUCCUAACUCUGGCCUGCUCAGACACACAUUUCAAUGAGAUGCUGCUUUUUGCGGUUGUUGGCUUCAACAUCAUAGUCACCACUGUUAUCAUUCUAGCAUCGUACUUGUCUGUCCUCACCACUAUCCUGAGGAUCCGGACAACGGAAGGGAGGCACAAAGCCUUCUCCACCUGUGCCUCCCAUUUGGCCUCUGUUGCUUUGUACUAUGGGAGUUCCCUCUUCAUGUAUUCACGGCCCAGCUUGAGCUAUUCCCUAGAUCAGGACAAGGUGGUUUCUGUUCUAUACUCAGUUACAAUCCCCAUGUUGAACCCUCUCAUCUACAGCAUGAGGAACAAGGAGGUGAAAGAUGCCCUCAGAAAAGUGAGAGGCAGAUUCCUUUCUUGGUGA